CAAUACACUUAAUCUUGUUUCUUGCCCUCUUCUGACUGAAUUCUGUCCAAGAUGAAGCCAUUGAGUCCUAAGCUUCUAGAAAUUUCACUGUUUUUUCUGAUUCUCUGUUUCACACAUGUGGUAGCAGAGCAAUCUAGAAAAACCUACAUAAUCCACACGGACAAGACCAACAUGCCGAAGAGCUUCACAGAUCAUCUCCAAUGGUAUGAUUCAUCGUUGAAAUCUGUAUCGGAUUCUGCAUCCAUGCUUUACACUUACAGCAACGUAAUCCAUGGCUACUCCACGAGGUUAACGGCUGAGGAAGCUGAAGCACUCGAAGAGCAGCAGGGGAUUCUCUCUGUAAUUCCUGAAUUAAGAUAUGAAUUGCAUACCACUCGGACCCCUGAGUUUCUUGGGUUGGCAGGGAAGAGUAGUCCGGUAUUUCCCACGUUUGAAACGGCGAGGGAUGUGAUUGUUGGUGUUCUAGACACUGGAGUUUGGCCGGAGCUAAAGAGUUUCAAUGACGAAGAGCUCGGACCAGUACCGGAGAAGUGGAAAGGCGAGUGUGAGGUGGGAAAGACCUUCAAUUCGUCCAGCUGCAAUAAGAAACUGAUUGGAGCAAGGUAUUUUUCAAAAGGGUAUGAAGGAUCGAUCGGACCUAUUAAUGAAACUGUUGAAUCAAAAUCGCCUAGAGAUGACGAUGGGCAUGGAACUCACACGUCAACAACCGCGGCUGGGUCGGCUGUUUCCGACGCUAGCUUAUUUGGUUUUGCUUCAGGGACGGCUCGAGGGAUGGCUACAAAAGCUCGAGUCGCCAUUUACAAGGUGUGCUGGCUCAGCGGCUGUUUUGGGUCUGAUAUUUUAGCAGCCAUGGACAAGGCUGUCCAAGACGGUGUCGAUAUCAUGUCCUUGUCCCUCGGUGGAGGAGUAUCAGAGUAUUACACGGACACCAUUGCCAUCGGAGCAUUCUCGGCAAUGACACAUGGAAUUCUUAUAUCUUGCUCAGCUGGAAAUGGUGGACCCUCCUCAAGUAGUUUGUCUAAUGUUGCACCAUGGAUAACUACAGUAGGUGCCGGAACAUUGGACCGUGAAUUCCCUGUCUCUGUUGCUCUAGGAGACGGAAAGAAAUACUCCGGUGUCUCACUUUACAAUGGAAAGACAAUAUCGAAUUCCAUGGUGCCAAUUGUUUACGCAGCCAACGUAAGUAAUUCAAGCAGUGGUAAUCUUUGCUUGUCUGGAACUUUGAUUCCGAGUAAAGUCGCUGGAAAAAUCGUGGUAUGUGAUCGAGGGGGCAGCGGGAGGGUGAGGAAGGGAUUGGUGGUGAAAGAGGCUGGCGGAGUUGGAAUGAUUUUAGCUAACACAGAAAUUUACGGAGAAGACCUUAUUGCCGACGCACAUAUCUUGCCUUCAUCAGCCGUAGGGGAAAAAACUGGAGAUGCUAUCAAGAAAUACAUCUUUACUGAGGCUAAUCCGACAGCCGCAAUUGGCCCUGGAAGCACAGAGUUGGGCGUUCAGCCAUCUCCGGUGGUGGCAGCAUUUAGUUCAAGAGGUCCAAAUCCUAUCACAUUGGCGAUACUUAAACCGGACAUUAUUGCACCGGGAGUCAAUAUAUUGGCUGGGUGGACUGGCGCCGCUGCUCCGACAGGAUUGGAUGAAGACAAAAGGAGGGUAAACUUCAACAUCAUUUCAGGCACGUCAAUGUCUUGCCCACAUGUAAGUGGGUUAGCCGCUCUCCUCAAGGCUGCUCAUCCAGAAUGGAGUCCAGCAGCCAUUAGAUCCGCCCUCAUGACCACCGCCUACUCAGCAUACAAAAAUGGCAAAACCAUCCGAGAUUUUGCUACCGGACAACCAGCAACAGCGUUCGAUUAUGGUGCAGGACAUGUGGAUCCGGUGGAAGCCCUUGAUCCUGGCCUUGUUUAUGACACCACCGUUGAUGACUAUCUGGACUUCCUUUGUGCCUUGCGCUACACAUCAAAUCAAAUCAAGCGAGUCACAAACAGGGACUUCACUUGUGAUUCAAGCAAAAACUACUCACUAGCAGAUUUCAAUUAUCCAUCCAUUUCAGUUCCUCUUCAAAGUGCUUCAGGAAAGAAGGGUGGUGCCAGCGUCACAAGCACAUUGAUAUAUUCUAGAACUCUAACUAAUGUGGGUUCGCCUGGAACAUAUAAGGUUGCAGUGGUUUCACAGACAAAAGCAGUGAAGAUCUCGGUUGAUCCAGCAUCUCUAAGUUUCAGUAAAAAAUACGAGAAGAAGAGCUAUACCGUGACUUUCACUGCUAGUUCCAUGCAAUCUGGGACAGCCAGCUUUGCCAGUCUGGUAUGGUCGGAUGAGAAACACACUGUAAGUAGCCCGAUCGCUUUCACGUGGACAUGAUAGUGAUGGCAAUUGGAACAGGUCAACGGCCGAUGGCUCUCCAAAUAUUGAACUGACUCAGUGACUGCAAAGAAGUCUUAGUAUUGCUAUUAUCUUUUUAUUUUUAAUGGUACUCUUUACUCUUCACAUUGGAGCAACUAUGCAAGAAAAGCUAGUUGUGUGUGUAACAAAACUCCUACAAAAUCAGGGGACAAGAAAAACUUCAAAAACGGGUUGGGGAUUGGGGUUGCAAAUAAUUGUGCAGUAACCCAUGUUAGGGACUGGCAUGUGAAUUUUAGACUGAAUUCCUACUAUUUGUACCUAAACUAGCAUUAAAUUCUGAUCUUUCAU